GUGUUCUUUCCACGUUAUUUAACGAAAUUUCAGUGAUAUAACACAUUUCAACCUCAUCAAAAUUUUAAUAUUAUAGGUGAAAAAAGUGAAAAUUGUGAAAUGUUGAAUAUUGUCGUAAUUGGUGCUGGACCAUCAGGACUAUGCAGUGCAAAAUAUUCACUUGCUCAUGGAUAUAAAGUUACGAUUUACGAGCAAGCUGGACAACUAGGUGGCGUAUGGAAUUAUACAGAGGAAGUGGGAAAAAAUCAAUAUGGCAUCAAUAUUCAUUCUCCGAUGUAUCGGGAUCUAAGAACAAAUUUGCCGCAUCAGGUGAUGACAUACAUCGAUCAUCCAUUUCCGGAGGGUACACGAUCAUUUCCAUCACAUGUUGAAGUUCAAAAAUACUACCAAUCUUAUGCAGAACGUUUUGAUUUUAUGAAACUAAUAAAAUUUAAUCAUUCGGUAAUUCGAGUUCUUCCAAUUGAAAACAACAAAUGGGAAGUGAUUGUCAAGGACUGCAUCAAUGAUAAAUUCGAAACGAUAGUCUAUGACGCGGUUUUUGUAUGCAAUGGACAUUAUGCAAAAUCACAUAUCCCAGAGAUUCCAGGUGCAUGUGAAUUCAAAGGAAGAAUUAUGCACAGCCGAGAUUUUCGGACACCUGAAAAAUUUCAUGACGAAAAUGUUCUUAUCAUUGGGAGUGGUGAUAGUGCACUUGAUAUAAUACAACUUUUACGGAAAACUGCAUCUCGAAUCACAGUUAUUUGCCGUGGAACACAGAGUGCCCAAUGGCAAAAAAUGCUUCAGAAUUUAUUGUCCGAGAAUUUUGCAGUCCAAAGAGAUGUAGAACGUCUAACUCAAACGGGUGCCAAAUUUUCAGAUGGAUCUCAUCAAACAUUCUCUGUGGUUAUAUUUGCAACAGGUUAUGAUUAUGCAUAUCCAUUUUUGAGCACUGAAUGCGGCAUUACUAUCGAUGAUAAUUUCGUCCAGCCAUUAUACAAACAUAUACUCAAUAUUCAGUAUCCAAAUAUGGCAUUUAUUGGUGUUGUCGGUACUUUUACCCUUGAUUUACAAGUACAAUUUGUUCUGAAAUUCAUCUCAGGCGCCAAGCAGUUGCCAUCGAAAUCGGAAAUGUUUUUAGAUAUGCAAGUUCAAACAUUUACCCAUUGGAAUAGGGGUUUCAAUAAAAAUAAAACUCAUUAUUUAUAUUUACAUCAAAGUUCAAUGAGUGAAUUCCGCAAUCAAUUGUCAGAGAUCGCCGGCCCCGAAAAAGUAAAAGCAACAACUGUGCUGCGUGCCAUUGUUUUAGAUGUCUAUGAAACACGUUUAAAGGAUAUCGAUUUUCGAAAAUACAAAUACGUUAUAAUUGAUGACAAUACAUUUAAAAAAAUUGAAGAAUUGUAGAUAAUAUCGAAAGCGUGUGGAUGUGACUGAAUUUUUUCGCUUAAUAUAAAAUGUCGAAAGAAUUUUUCCAUUAAAAAUGAUAUUGUUAGAAAGUGAAUUUUAGUAAAAAAAAAAAACAUCUUAUUUUAAUAGAUAUCUUUUAAUGAGUCAUAUCUUUUUAAUAAGCUAUAUCUUGACACAAAAUAAAAAAAAGAUGCGAAAAACUGUUAUAAGCGUAGAUAUUGCUGAAUAAAUUCCGGCAUUGCAAAUGAUCAAAGGAUAAAUAGUAGCACACAAAGUGAAUGCUUUUGCAAUAAAGUUCAACUUUGAUAGAUUUGAAUGGUGUUUCGUGUCAUGUCAUUUGAUCAAAUUACAGCUAACAUUUAAUGUUGCCUCAUCACAUCAUUAACAAACGAUGUGGCGAAUUUAGCUUCGUAAAAAACAUAAGUAAAAGUAUUACAUAAGUUCAGCUUGUUAUACUUGGUGUUGAAUGAGCGUAAGGAAUGUUGAGCAGUAAUCAUUUGAAGAAAAUGUACGUUCGCCCAUUUAUCAUAUAUGAUUUUUGAGCAGCUUGCGUCAUACGCGCGGCAACGAAUCUCAUUUCAUCUAUCAUUCUCUCUCAUACAAACUCACUUAUUUGAAAAUAAAUCACGAACUCUGCACACGAUUUUAUCUUGGAGGCUCAUUUCCUUGUGCAAUAAUAUCAACGGAAUUCCGGAAAUUGAAUAGAUAAAAUUAUACACAAAAUCGAGAUAUAUAACGCAUUAGAAUAAAUUGUUAGACGCAAUUCUUACCAAUUCUCCAGGACUUUGUCGUAGGCCAAUGCCGAUAUUUUUAUUCGAAAUGUGUUGCUGUUGCUUUGCAACAUCUUUUUUCGAUGGCAACGGAAUGAAACCGUUCAAAUGAUGAUUGUGAUAAUUUAUAGUUGGCAUGCUAUUCGGUGAAUCGUACAUGGAUGCCGGUCGUUGUCUCGGUAUACCAAUGCCCGGUCCAAAGAUUUGCCGUUGAUCAUGCAUGAAUGAUGCAUUUGCCGGUAUGGCUGAUAGAUUUCUCGUCGAAUUCGAUAGAUUACGAGCGGGUUGUGUUUGUGUUGCCUUCAGAUGGGCUUUUUCAUCGUAUUUACCCCAACGCAUAUUGCUUUGGGUGUGACCAGGAUGUGGUAACGAAUAAGAGCUCCGUUGACCGGCAAUAUUCCAUUUGUUCGUGUUACCAUUGUGAUGACUUGCAUGAUGAUGAGGUAUUUGUGCUGUUGAAUAAUGCUGAUACGCAUUCAACGCCGGGUGAUGCACUUGUGUGGCACUCAGUUCAUGUGUCGUAUGCCACAUUAUGAAUACUUCUUCGUCGUUUUCGUACUAUUUUACGCUUUCACUUGCGAAACCCUUGAACUUUUAUGUUUUUCUUUUAUUUUUUUCUUAGUGUGAGAUUUUUAUUUU